AUGUCUAUAAUACUCAGGAAUUUGGGGUUAUCUCCUCACUACAUGGGACAGCGUAGUCUUGUGUGCUGCACUACUCUAUUCCACACAUUUACGAAAUUGGAGAAAGAUACAGAUGAUAAAUAUCAUGAUAUAAAUUCAAUGUACCAAAAUAUGUUUACACCAAUGUACAACCAUAGUCCAAUGACCCAAAGAGAAUCAGAAGGUGCAAUAAAGGCUAAUACCUCUCUAGAAGACGACAUCAAUGAUUUUAAUAAGGAUAUGCAUGAUCUUUACAACAUAGGCUUCAGCAAAGAGACUCUAUCUGCUUCGCAAUUGAAGGACAUUGUUAAAGCAAAAGGAAGAUUUGUUUUACAAAGUUUAUCCACUAACCCUUAUUACAAUUUGGCGUUGGAAAAUUAUAUGUUUACAAAUACACCAAAGACCAAAAAAGGUUUUGAUAGCUGCAGGCUGUUAUUUUAUAUCAAUAACAAAUGCGCAGUCAUCGGUAAAAACCAAAAUCUUUGGCAAGAAGUCGACCUUGCUCAAUUAAAGAGCAAAAACUUUGAACUUCUGAGGAGAUUUUCUGGAGGUGGCACGGUACUCCAUGAUUUGGGUAAUGUUAAUUAUUCAUUUUUGACAUCAAGAGAUAAAUUUGAUACAAAGUUUUUCAACAAGAAAGUAAUUGGGUGGUUGAAUUCAUCCGAUCCCGAACUGAAAUUAGAGCUAAACGAUAGAGGAGACAUUGUUCAGAACGGGUUUAAAGUUAGUGGCAGCGCGUAUAAAAUUGCUGGAGGUAAAGCAUAUCACCAUGCAACAAUGUUGUUAAACGCUAAUUUAGAGCAGUUCAGUGGUUUGUUAGAACCCUCAUUUCCCAGUAAUAUGGAAUGGGAAUCAAGUGGCGUCCAAAGUGUCAAGUCCAAAAUAAAAAACGUCGGUACAAUCAGUCCUGGCCAAUUUAUUGGACUAGUGUCUGAACGCUUUCAAAAAAGCUUCAAAGUUGACAAAAAUAUACCUAUUUACGCCUGUGACGAAUCUACAACUAUAAAUGAUGAAAUAAAAGAUGCAAUGAAAAGUUUACAAAGCGAUAAUUGGAAAUACUUUUCGGGACCCAAAUUUUCAAUAAAGUUGAAAGAUAAAAAUUUGAAAAUACAAGUCGUUAAAGGUAUGGUUUAUGAAUGUAACAGGAAAAAAUUAAUCGGCUUGGAGUUUAACGACUUCUUGGAAAAUAUUGAUAGCUAUACAUAG